AUGGCAUCUGAGUACGUUAUCGUUAAUGGUGCUGACAAGGUCAUUAUCCAUGACAAUGUCAUUGUCAUGGAUAUCGAGAACCUCCUGACUGGCUGUCCGACUUAUGAGAUUAAUUUUACCCCCGAGAACCUGGGCCCAUUGAAACUUAUUAUCUGCCUCAAAGAUCCUGUGAAGAUGGUUCACAUUAAAGAUAAAGAGUCUUCAGAUAGCGAGGCAGAGUUGUUGAUUGCAGGCAAUCAGAAAAGGAAAAAGACCUCGUUGACCAAUCACGAGAACAAGAGGACAAAAAUGUUCGCAACCGAUACCAUCAAGCUCGCCGAAGAUCUCACAGGCCUCAAAAUCACGUCUCAGAGUCCUGGGACUAACACCAUCAAGGCAAAACCAGUGCGCCUAGUCGGAGUCCACAAAAACCCCCCACCACGUAAAAAUAAAUUCAACGGUAGCAUUGCUUGGCCACCUGUCCGUCACCACCAUUUCAGGGAUGUGGAGGAUAAAGAUUCCAUUGCUGGUCUAGAUAUCUUGCAAGCUCUCCCUGCUCCUGUUACUGCAGACUCUACUUAG